AUGAAUGCAAUCUUCCAUGACAUGAUUGGGAAAUUUAUGGAAGUAUACAUUGACGACGUGGUGGUGAAAUCAGCGACAAAGGUGAAACAUCUGGCCAACUUGAGGAGAUCAUUUGAGAGAAUGAGAACCCAUGGUUUGAAGAUGAACCCACUUAAACGCGCCUUUAGAGUGACAGCAGGGAACUUUCUAGGGUUCUUGGUGCAUCGGAGGGGUAUCGAGGUCGACAAGAAUAAAGCUAGGGCAAUCAUCAAAGCUCAACCACCUCGCAACAAGAAGGAGUUACAAAGACUAAUUGGUCAAAUCACAUACUUGGGAAGGUUUAUUUCAAACCGUGCUGGAAAAAUCCAUACCUUUUCUCCGCUCUUAAAGCUCAAAUCAGAGGAAGACUUUCGAUGGGAAAAGCAUCACCAACAUGUGUUUGAAUCAAUCAAGGAAUAUCUUGCUAACCCUCCUGUCCUUAUGCCACCUAGGAAGAAACAGCCGCUGAAGUUAUAUAUUUCAGCCGCGGAUGAGUCAAUCGGAAGUUUGUUAGCCCAAGAUAAUGAAGUAGGGAAAGAACUGGCAGUGUAUUACCUUAGUCAUAUUUUGACACCGGUUGAGCGUCGAUAUACGCCAAUCGAAAAAAUGUGUCUUGUUUUGCUUUUUGCUGCUCACAAAUUGAGAAUAUAUAUGCUACUUGUUUUAGUUUAUGUGAUUUGUGCCACUGACUUAAUUAAGUAUAUGCUUUCUCGUCCAAUAAUUUUUGGACGAAUAGGCAAUUGGUCCUUGGCCCUUAUGGAAUUUAGUUUCCAAUAUGCGCCUCAAAGGGCCGUGAAGGGCCAAGCACUUGCUGAUUUCCUAGCUGACCAUCCAUGCUUGGAUGUUGAUCCGGGAGUCUAUGAUGCAAUGGAGUUAUGUGCUAUUCAACUAACUCCUUGGACUCUAAUCUUUGACGGAUCCAGCGCAAAUGAUAUCGGGGGAGCUGGAGUUGUAAUAAUUGUAUCAAAUGGCAGGAAAACAACAUAUUCUUUCUUUCUAGAUUUCAAAUGUUCUAACAAUCAAGUGGAAUAUGAAGCUCUGAUUAUUGGUCUUGAAAUACUCUUAGAGAUGGGGGCACAGACCGUUGAAAUCAUAGGUGAUUCAAGUCUAGUGAUCGGUCAGUUGUCCAGCAAUUUCAGGUGCCAAAGUUGGCACCUCAAACCAUUUCACUCUAUAGCCAUGCAAUUACUACAAGAAUUUGCAGAGGUAAAGGUUAAGCACGUUUAUAGAUUGCAUAAUAAAGAGGCCAAUGAUUUGGCUCAAAUAGCAUCUGGCGUUAGGGUGCCAGAACGAAUAAUGGAGAAUUUGAUCAGAAUAAAGAGAAGAUCAUUACCCUCAGUUAAGGUGAGGGAAGAAUUGUUGGCAGAGGUCUUUACAAUCGAGGUGGAAGACGAUAUGGAAGAGAAUGAUUGGAGAACACCGAUCAUCGAUUUUCUCAAAAAUCCAGACCCUAAGGCUGACAAGAAGCUAAAGAUCAAAUCUCUUAAGUUUGUGAUGAUUGAUGGAGACCUAUUCAGGAAAAGCAUCAAAGAUGACCUACUCUUAAGGUGUGUUAGUAAGAAAGAAGCCAUGAAAGUAAUGGGAGAGACCCAUGAAGGGAUAUGUGGUGCUCACUAA